GUGCUGAGGCCGAGGGAGCCGCCAUUUUGGAUGCUGAGCGACGUUUGCGAAGUCGGUCUCUACUGUUUUCACGCCUGGAUUCGACCAGGAGGAACAGUACAGUAUGCUGGGCUCCGGAUUUAAAGCUGAGCGUUUACGAGUCAAUUUGAGAUUAGUCAUAAAUCGUCUUAAACUAUUGGAGAAAAAAAAAACGGAACUGGCCCAGAAAGCAAGGAAGGAGAUUGCUGACUAUCUGGCUGCUGGGAAAGAUGAGAGAGCUCGUAUUCGUGUGGAACACAUUAUUCGGGAAGACUACCUCGUAGAGGCCAUGGAGAUCCUGGAGCUGUACUGUGACCUGCUGCUGGCUCGGUUUGGCCUCAUCCAGUCUAUGAAGGAGCUAGAUUCUGGUCUGGCCGAAUCUGUGUCUACACUGAUCUGGGCUGCUCCUCGACUCCAGUCAGAAGUGGCUGAGUUGAAAAUUGUUGCUGAUCAGCUCUGUGCCAAAUAUAGCAAGGAAUAUGGCAAGUUAUGUAGGACCAACCAGAUUGGAACUGUGAAUGACAGGCUGAUGCACAAACUGAGUGUGGAAGCCCCACCCAAAAUCCUGGUGGAGAGAUACCUUAUUGAAAUUGCCAAGAAUUACAAUGUACCCUAUGAACCUGACUCUGUGGUCAUGGCAGAAGCUCCUCCUGGAGUAGAAACAGAUCUCAUUGAUGUUGGAUUCACAGAUGAUGUGAAGAAAGGUGGCCCUGGAAGAGGAGGAGGUGGUGGUGGGUUCACAGCACCUGUUGGUGGAACUGAUGGAACAGUGCCAAUGCCCAUGCCUAUGCCUAUGCCCAUGCCAUCUCCAAAUACUCCCUUCUCAUAUCCACUGCCUAAGGGACCAUCGGAUUUCAAUGGCUUGCCAGUGGGGACUUAUCAGGCCUUUCCCAAUAUUAAUCCACCUCAGAUACCAGCAACUCCCCCAUCAUAUGAAUCUGUUGAUGACAUUAAUGCUGAUAAGAAUGUUUCUUCUGCACAGAUAAUUGGACCUGGACCCAAGCAGGAAGCCUCUGCAAAGCCCCCUUCUAGACCUAUGGAUAACUAUGACAACUUUGUACUGCCAGAGUUACCAUCUGUGCCAGACACACUGCCAACUUCAUCUGCUGGUGCCAGCAACUCAGCUUCUGAAGACAUUGACUUUGAUGAUCUUUCCCGGAGAUUUGAAGAACUAAAAAAGAAGACAUAGGUCUCUUAAAUCAGGCAACCUCCAUGUUCUGGAAAUUGAGACUGAGCAGUUUCUCCUUGUAACAAAGAAUCUCCAUGAAAUUCCGUUUCAUCUAUUAACCAUCACUGAGCGUGACACUCUUCCUUGGGGCUCUCUUCCUGCUCUACCAAAUUGUUGCUUUCCAGUUCUCUAUUGAGACUAAGACACUAACAACUGGAGACUGAGGCCAGCACACUGGCUCCUGGCAGUUGUGCCUGUUUCCUGACAGAGGGAUCCCAGGUUUUCUCCCACAGUCCUUCCCCAGGAGAAUGAGAAGAUGAAGCAUUGUGAGGAGAGCCACUGGAGAUGGCUGGACUGUGGAGGAGAGUUCCUCAUGAAGUGUCUCAGCCGUCAGUUGUGGUUCCAGACUUGGAAACACCUCCCUCUGUACAGAGGGAUUGUGCUGAGAAUCAAAGCCACUGUGUGUUUUCUCACUCUCAUAUAAGUAGGAGAGAGAGAAAGUGGCUCAGGAAGCCAUGGUAAUGGUUCUUGGAAGCUGGGCUCUCUCCUUGGCAUGUACACUACUCCUUGCUGCAGGGCACUGUUCCACCUGGAUCCAGUUGCAAA